GGCGGCGGCCGUUCUCCGUAAGAUGGCGGACCGGCGGCGGCAGCGCGCUUCGCAGGACACCGAGGACGAAGAAUCUGGUGCUUCCGGCUCAGACAGCGGCGGUUCCCCGGCGCGGGGCGGCGGGAGCUGCAGCGGUAGCGCUGGAGGCGGUGGCAGUGGCUCUCUGCUUUCCCAGCGCGGAGGUCGAGCCGGGGCCCUUCAUCUGCGGCGGGUGGAGAGCGGGGGCGCCAAGAGCGCUGAGGAGUCGGAGUGUGAGAGUGAAGAUGGCAUCGAGGGCGAUGCUGUUCUCUCGGAUUAUGAAAGUGCAGAAGACUCAGAAGGUGAUGAAGGGGAGUACAGUGAAGAGGAAAACUCCAAAGUGGAGCUGAAAUCAGAAGCCAAUGAUGCUGCUAAUUCUUCAGCAAAAGACGAGAAGGGAGAAGAAAAGCCUGAUACCAAAGGCACUGUGACUGGAGAGAGGCAAAGUGGGGAUGGACAGGAGAGCACAGAGCCUGUGGAGAACAAAGUUGGUAAAAAAGGCCCUAAGCAUUUGGAUGAUGAUGAAGAUCGGAAGAACCCAGCAUACAUACCCCGGAAAGGGCUCUUUUUUGAGCAUGAUCUUCGAGGGCAGACUCAGGAGGAGGAAGUCAGACCCAAGGGACGUCAGCGAAAGCUGUGGAAGGAUGAGGGUCGCUGGGAGCAUGACAAGUUUCGGGAAGAUGAACAGGCUCCAAAGUCCCGACAGGAGCUCAUUGCCCUUUAUGGCUAUGACAUCCGCUCAGCUCACAAUCCUGAUGACAUCAAACCCCGAAGAAUCCGGAAACCCAGGUUUGGGAGUCCUCCACAAAGAGAUCCAAACUGGAUUGGGGAGCGGCCAAAUAAGUCCCAUCGCCACCAGGGUCCUGGGGGUACCUUACCACCAAGGACAUUUAUCAACAGGAAUGCCGCAGGUACUGGCCGCAUGUCUGCUGCCAGGAAUUACUCUCGAUCUGGAGGCUUCAAGGAAGGUUGUGCUGGUUUUAGGCCUGUGGAAGCUGGUGGGCAGCAUGCUGGCCGGUCUGGUGAGACUGUUAAACAUGAGACUAGUUACCGGUCACGGCGCCUGGAGCAGACUCCAGUAAGGGAUCCAUCUCCAGAAGCAGAUGCUCAAGUGCUUGGCAGUCCUGAGAAGGAAGAGGCAGCCCCAGAGAUACCAAAUCCUGCUCCUGACACUGCACCACCAGCUCCUGACAGGCCUAUUGAGAAGAAAUCCUAUUCCCGGGCAAGAAGAACCAGGGUCAAAGCUGGAGAUGCAGUCAAGGUUGCAGAGGAGGUGCCCCCUCCACCUGAAGGGCUGACCCCAGCACCUCCAGUCCCAGAAACUACGCCUCCUCCGCCUGCUAAGACUGGGAACUGGGAGGCUCCAGUGGAUUCUACUACAGGCGGACUUGAACAAGAUGUGGCACAACUAAAUAUAACAGAACAGAAUUGGAGCCCAGGGCAGCCUUCAUUCCUGCAGUCACGUGAGCUUCGGGGUAUGCCCAACCCCAUACACAUGGGAGCAGGACCUCCACCUCAGUUUAACCGGAUGGAAGAAAUGGGUGUCCAGGGUGGGCGAGCCAAACGCUAUUCAUCUCAACGGCAAAGACCAGUGCCGGAGCCCCCUGCCCCUCCUGUGCACAUCAGUAUCAUGGAAGGACAUUACUAUGAUCCAUUGCAGUUCCAGGGACCAAUCUAUACCCAUGGUGACAGCCCUGCCCCACUGCCUCCUCAGGGCAUGAUUGUGCAGCCAGAAAUGCACCUUCCCCACCCAGGUUUACAUCCCCACCAGACACCGGCGCCUCUGCCCAAUCCAGGCCUCUAUCCCCCACCAGUGUCCAUGUCUCCAGGACAGCCACCACCUCAGCAGUUGCUUGCUCCUACCUACUUUUCUGCUCCAGGCGUCAUGAACUUUGGUAAUCCCAGUUACCCUUAUGCUCCAGGGGCGCUGCCUCCCCCGCCACCGCCUCAUCUAUAUCCUAACACGCAGGCCCCAUCACAGGUAUAUGGAGGAGUGACCUACUAUAACCCCGCCCAGCAGCAGGUGCAGCCAAAGCCCUCCCCACCACGGAGGACUCCCCAGCCAGUCACCAUCAAGCCCCCACCACCUGAGGUUGUAAGCAGGGGUUCCAGUUAAUAUGAAUUUCUGAAUAUUUUAAAUCUAACAUCGUAUAAAAGGGACACGGGUUCGAGCCCUGGUCUGGGAAGAUCCCACAUGCCACAGAGCAACUGGGCCCGUGAGCCACAACUACUGAGCCUGCGCGUCUGGAGCCUGUGCUCCGCAACAAGAGAGGCCGCGAUAGUGAGAGGCCCUCGCACCAUGAUGAAGAGUGGCCCCCGCUCGCCGCAGCUAGAGAAAGCCCUCGCACAGAAACGAAGACCCAACACAGCCAUAAAUAAAUAAAUAAAUAAAUUUUUUAAAGCCAUUUCUUAAAAAAAAAAAAAAGGAAAGGGGAAAUCUAAAUUUGAGGUGUUACAGCAGAGCCAAU